AUGUUUCUAAUUAAGUAUUUCCCUGAAGAUAUCCGUAAUAGAAAGGAGAUGGAAUUUGUUAAAUUGGAACAGGGGAAUAUGUCGGUAGCGGAGUAUGCUGCUAAGUUCGAGGAACUAUCCAGGUACUAUCCACUCUAUGUUGGAGAGGCAGGAGAAAAGUCUAAGUGCAUCAAGUUUGAAAUGGGACUCAGACCAGAGAGCAAGAAACAGGUUGGAAUGCAAGAGAUCCGUGACUUUCCUACCCUAGUGAAUAAGAGUAGGAUUUAUGAUGAGGAUAGUCGUGCUGAAAAGGCACAUUAUCGAAAUACUAGUACCAUGAAGGACAAGAGACCUAUGCAGCAUAAUAGAGGAAAACCUUACCCUUUUCCUCCUAGUCAAUCUGGAAGCCGUAGUAGUGGUAACGGAAAAGGAAAUGGAAACAGUCAUAGUGAUGGUAGUGGUAGAGAAAACCCCAAUGGACGAGGAGUUAGUAACGGAAAUAGUAACAACAAGAGUCAAGUCUCGAGCAACAACAAUGGUAAUAAUGGUGAUCGAACUACUCCUAUCCGAUGUCACAUGUGUGGUAAACAGGGUCACAGGGCAUAUGAAUGUAGAGAUGCUGGAAUUACUUGUUUUAAUUGUCAACAACAAGGCCACAUUAGCACCACAUGCCCCUACCCAAGGAAGACUCCACAACCUGGAAACCAGAGUUCUCAAGCCAGCCGACCUAAAUCCAAUGGAAGAGUCUUUGCCCUCAGUGGUGUAGGAGCGUUUGAGAAAGACAACUUGAUCCAAGGU